GGAAACCUCUUGUUUUUUACGGUUGAGUUCUGUUAUCCUAGCUCUUGAGCUCUCCGGUUAUUAAGGGGAAUAAAGAAAAAAAAAAUAAAGUUUAUUUUUCUCUUGAAAUCCCUUGGCAUUACCAAUAGCCUAAUUUUUUUUUUUUUCCACAUCUUUUGGAAAUUUUAGUAGGUGAGAGUAGUUUGUGGGCUGUUUUAAAUCUUUUUAUUUUGUUUUAAAGCCCAACCUGCUCAAGGACACUCUCAUUACUUAGGAAGAGUGAAAUAAUUUCAGUUUAUUGCCAAGGGUACUUCUUGGUCUUGAAUUGGUUUUCCGUUUCUAACUUGAGCCAAUUCAGCCCAAUCAUGGUGAUGUUCAAGAAGAUCAAGUCUUUUGAGGUGGCCUUUAACGACCCUGAGAAGGUAUACGGCAGUGGGGAGAAGGUAGCUGGCCGGGUGAUACUGGAGGUGUGUGAAGUUACUCGAAUCAAAGCCGUCAGGAUCCUGGCUUGCGGAGUGGCCAAAGUCCUCUGGAUGCAAGGUUCCCAGCAGUGCAAGCAGACCUUGGAUUACUUGCGCUACGAAGACACGCUUCUCCUGGAAGACCAGCCAACAGGUGAGAAUGAAAUGGUGAUCAUGAGACCUGGAAAUAAAUAUGAGUACAAGUUCGGCUUUGAGCUUCCUCAAGGGCCUCUGGGAACAUCAUUCAAAGGAAAAUACGGUAGCGUAGACUAUUGGGUGAAGGCUUUUCUUGAUCGUCCCAGCCAGCCAACUCAAGAGACAAAGAAAAACUUUGAAGUGAUGGAUCUAGUGGAUGUCAAUACUCCUGAUUUAAUGGCACCUGUGUCUGCUAAAAAGGAGAAGAAAGUUUCCUGCAUGUUUAUUCCUGAUGGACGGGUGUCUGUCUCUGCUCGAAUUGACAGAAAAGGGUUCUGUGAAGGUGAUGAUAUUGCCAUCCAUGCUGACUUUGAGAAUACGUGUUCCCGCAUCGUGGUCCCCAAAGCUGCCAUAGUAGCCCGCCACACUUACCUUGCCAAUGGUCAAACCAAGGUGCUGACGCAGAAGUUAUCAUCAGUCAGAGGCAAUCAUAUUAUCUCAGGCACAUGUGCAUCAUGGCGUGGCAAGAGCCUUCGGGUACAGAAGAUCAGGCCUUCCAUCCUGGGCUGUAACAUCCUUCGAGUUGAAUAUUCCUUACUGAUCUAUGUUAGUGUCCCUGGCUCCAAGAAAGUUAUUCUUGACCUGCCUCUGGUCAUUGGCAGCAGGUCAGGUCUGAACAGCCGGACAUCCAGCAUGGCCAGCUCCGAAAUGAGUUGGGUAGAUCUAAACAUCCCUGAUACCCCAGAAGCUCCUCCUUGCUAUAUGGAUAUCAUUCCUGAAGAUCACCGAUUAGAGAGCCCCACUACUCCUUUGCUAGAUGAGGUGGAUGGCUCCCAAGACAGCCCAAUUUUUAUGUAUGCUCCUGAGUUCAAGUUCAUGCCACCACCUACUUAUACUGAGGUGGAUCCCUGCCUCCUCAACAACAAUGUGCAGUGAAUGUGUGAAAGAAAAGCAGCAGCUGUACCUACUUAUUUCUUUCCACCUCUCUUCCUGGACUCUAACUUUUUCAGAGACUCAACAGUCUCUACAGCAAGGUGUGGGUCCACCCCAGCCUCUAACUCCUCAAUGUGGGAGGUCAUCAGCAGGCAAUCUCCUGGGCCUCAACUGGUGAGGAGUUGUCCUCAGCCUGUGCCAAUGUUGUGAUAAAGGGGUGUUUGCUGGAUGGGUUUAAAGACACACUAGAAAAACUCAGGUCCAUCCCAUUUCCUCAGAUCUCCUUGAAAAUUGAGGCAUUUUUAGUAGUUUUGAGUCAGGUAUAGAAAUGGCCCCUGGCAUUGUCUCCCCAAGCUGUUUGUGGAGGGGGGGAGUAUUGGUUGUUAUAACAACAUCAGACCUUGAACUUUUGUGCCAUAUAUAGAGCAGGGCUGCUUUAGUAAACUAGGAAAAUGAAAAGGAAAAAUUGCAGCCAAAACUUUGGGAAAAGGAGGUUCUUAAAAUUAGUGUUGCUCUUUGUAUAUGCUUAUUAUAGAAAAAAAAAUCCAUGGCUAAUUGGUUAGGACUUCAGAGAGAGCUUCCACUGUGAUGUGUUAAAGGAAAGAAGCUUCAAGUUGUCUUUGCUCAGAAUGUACUUUAGCCUCACUGAAAGCAGUAGUUAUAUUGCAUCACCAGAUGUCUUAAAAGCCAUUUUUAGAUAUUAUUGAACUGUGUUCUGUUGCAAACAUUUUCAUAUGGGAAAAUGUGUUUUUCUUUUCAUGUGACUCCUUGGAAUUGAUUCUAAGGUGAUCUUAGCACUUUAAUUCCUAUCAGACUUUUUGUUUUUCCAUUUCAGAUGUAAGCUAAAACUGGUCUACUUUAUCUCUAAGGGUGAGCACAAUGACAAAAAAAAAAAUUUUUUUUUACUUUUGAGACUUUGUCCCAGUAUAUAGAAUUAAGUCAUUCUGACUCUAAUCAUAAAAAGAUUGCUGCUGUCAGCCUUGCCCAUGAACUUCUCCAGACCCACAGAGGGACUCUGAAUCAUGAUGCCUUAACACCAAUUAGAGCCUCUGGACACUGCCAUGAGAAACCAGAGGGCAAGUCCUCAAAACAGCCUCCCAGACCCCCUUCCCAUCUAGUGUUAGGAGAUGGGACACAGACAGCCCCUUUCCCACUGCGGACCCUAGCACUUGAUCCAUCACCCUCAGCCAUAGCACUUUGUUCACAGUCCUGUAUCACAGCACUGAGCUCCACCCUUAGCAUUAUACAGCCAGAAAGUACAUGGGCUGAAGGUGGUUUUAGUUCUGUUUUGUGUUUUUUUAAAAAAAAAAAAAUGUGUAUCUUUUUGUAUGAUAAAAAACUAUAUUUUGUACUUAACCAGAUAUAUUUUCACCCAAGAUA